AUGGCAUGUGACAAAAAUAGCAAUUUCACCUUUGUUGGAUUAAGUUCAAGGUCCAAAUCUGGCUGUUUGGCAUGUCGGAAAAGGAAGAAGAAAUGUGACGAGGUGCAUCCUGUUUGUGGAUAUUGCCAAGAUAGGAACAAGCCCUGUGAAUGGGGGGAGCAGUCCAAGGGGAAACCUAAGUUUCAAUUUAAUAUUAACUCAAUCAUUGAAUCUCAGAGGAUGAUUGGAAAGGUCAACUCUUUGAAGCGGAAAUCACAGAGGAGUAAACGAGGCAAAAAGGAGCAGGCUAAAAUCAUCAAAGAGUUGGACAAUAAAGAGGAAACACAGCUAAUUGAAUCAGAAUGUAUGCAAAUAUUACCAAAAAGCCAUUGUACAACAUCCAUGGAUUCAUCUUCCCACAUUGUACCUUCAGUGGAUGAUCUUCAUAUGCUGUUACCAGAGAACAUUUCUGGAUAUGUAGAAGACAACAACGACAACAUACUUCCCCUUGUUGAAGGGUUCAUGAACAACGAACCAAUGAUGAACAGUUUACUGAGUAACGUUGUCGAACAUCUUAGAUCCCCCAAAUUCUCUCCCGUUACUAACUUCAUUGACCACAAUAUCAAUACAGCACUAGCACAAGCUGACAUGCUGUUCCAUAGAAAUGACGCAUUUCUCUUGAAUGAUUUCGAUGUUAAUCCAAUGAAUUUGGAGGAUGUUGAAAGGUUUGAAGAGUUGGACGAACCUGAGGCUCCAAUCGAAAACACAAAUAAUGAUAAGGAAUCGGAGGAUAUAGGUAAAUAUCCACCAAUGGAUGAAUCGCAAAUGCUAGAAAAUACAUAUGCGUCGGAUAAUGAUUUGAUCAAUAUAUUGAAAUCAAAGAAAUUACAUCCAUAUCUAAGGCCAACAGUUCAGCUGUUGUUGAGUAUGAAAAAUACGCUAAAAUUCAUUAGUCCGAGUUCGCCAAUACUGCGGCAAUUGGAUACGACGGGGAAGCUGUUUCUUGAGAACUACGUUACAAACUUGGCGAUGAAUAUGCUAGAUAUAGGAAAUAAAAAAUUCUUUCUAGAUUAUGCAAUAACGCAAGCCACUAAUGAGCCGGUUAUAUUGUACUGUUUGGUUGCGUGGGGUGGGAUGUUUCUUGCUGGAAAAUCGAAUGAAGAGGCCAAAAAAUAUGUCUCCAAGAGUUACCAAUUGAUUAGUUUGAAAAGGGAGUCUUUUAGAAAGUCAGAAAUUAACGAGAUGGUAACCACAAAAUCAACAAAACUGGAUAAUGACGAAAGAAUCAAGAUUUUAUUGGUGCACAUCCUUUUGUUUUGUGCAGAAAUUUCCACUGGCGAUGUCAAUAAUUGGUAUCAGAAGUUAUUACAAUGUAAGGAGCUAUUAGACGAGUACGGGGGAUUAAAGGAAUUUGUGAAAUUGAAUAAACACAAUAAAGUUGCCAAGUGGAUCUUGAGUAACAUCUUUUACCAUGAUGUUCUGUCUACAAGGACCCUAGGAGAAGGGACAUUAAUACCAAUCGAAGAAUAUAAAAUUGCGUUUAUCGGUGAGAAUUUCCUCAAUGUUAAAGAGUAUGGGCUUGAUCCAUUUUAUGGGUUAUCCCAAAACUUGUAUUUAUUAUUGGGCGAAGUUGCAAGCUAUCGACGGAUCUUGAAAAAUAUGAAGAUGCCCUUACCACUGAAUUAUGAAAUGAUGGAUGGGCUUCUGGCCAGUACCAACGAACGAAACUAUCGUGAAAUUGAAAAUUCGUGGUUCCAGAUAUUUGAUUUGCAAAUCCAAAACUCUCAGCCACCAAAAGAGAUGGUAGAUUUGUUAUUAAAGUCAGACCCCAGCGGGAAAUUUUUGGAACAUCAUUUGACAUGGUAUGAGCUAACACAGAUUAGUCUAAGGAUCUAUAUAAGGAUCAGUUUCAAAGAAAUUGUCUUUGAUGACAACGAAGUUCAACAGCUGCGUGAACGAGGUUUGAUUUUGUUCAAUAUCUUGAUUGGUACUAAACUACAGUCUCUACUAGGGUUGUCGCUCUUGAUGCUAGGGAUUACGUCUGUCUACGAUUCGGACCGCAGUCUUCUAAAGACUUCCUAUAAUCGCUUGGUUGAGAACUACCACAUCAAGAAUGUCCAAGUUUGUUGGGGGAUAGUUAGGCAAAUAUGGAAUAGAUACGACUGGCAAGUUAAUUUACAGCAUCCACACUACGUGGACUGGUCUGAAUUUGUGAAUUCAAUGGGCUGGAACUGUUGUUUCACAUAG